AUGCAGUGCGUGACGGGACCGACUGACUCAGCACGAGGACAGCACGAGCGCGUCGGCUACAAGUUCACAGGAGAUUUCGUGGUGAAGAAGACCUUGUUGACGGCUACACUCACGUGCACGCUCAGCCACAGUACGCUGUUACGCAACGCCAUAGGUCCUCAGGUGUUCGAGGAACUCACGUACCUGCUGAACAGCGUGCGCCACGACAACAGCAGAGUGCUCCUGAUUUCCAGCAGCAUGAACGUGUUCUGCUCCGGAUUAGACCUGCACUACUUCCUCAAGAAGCACUUCAAUACAACUGAGAAGAUGCUGGAUGCACUCAGGUUGUUUCUCCUCGAAUUGACCGCAUUCCCCAAACCCAUCGUGCUCGGCGUGAACGGAGCCGCCGUCGGCUUGGGGGCAGCACUGUUGCCGCUGUGUGACGUCGUCUAUGCCAGCGAUAAGGCGGUGUUCAGCAUGCCCUAUGCUCAGCUGGGGCAGACACCGGAGGCGGGCGCGUCCCACACCCUGCCGAGCCUGCUCGGUGGAGCUCUCAUUGCCGAAGAAUGCUAG